AUGAGUCAUGUGCGCCGAUCGGAAACGCGCUGCCGAGCGGAUAUCUCGUCUCCAAAAUCCGCCGGGCCUCUCUGGUUUGGCUCCGUAAUCGCUUCAACGCUGGCGGCCUUGGAUUCUUCGCCUCGAUCACGACGCUCCCACAUUCUCCGCAUCGACCACCCGUCCCGUGAACCCGCCAAUUCCUCGCGACAGUCGUACACGCGCACCCACACAUUCGCCAUCAUGAGUCCGCCCGCGCCAGUGGACGUUGAGAUGAGGGGAGAUACCGACACGUCUGCGCUGUCGGUCCCAGACCCGUUGACCGUCAAUGGCAUCCCGGGAUGGCGGGAAAAGAUGGCCCAGAUGCCCACGGGGGUUGCCGCAGCCUGUAGCAGUGACAUGUUCAAAAGCCCGGCUUGCUACACCAAGCCCAAGGCCAAGCGUUUCGAGCACCGUUUCUCGACUGAAGCCAAAUCUCGCAAGGUUCGUGUCUCGGAUGCGUCUACGUUGAAGACCGCUGCUCGUUUUCUGAAGAACCCAGGCAUGAUCUCUCUUGGCGGUGGACUACCCUCACCCGAAUACUUCCCCUUCGAACACCUGGAUAUCAAGGUCCCCACCCCACCAGGGUUCUCUCCCGAGGCAACCAAGCAGUCUGGCUCUGUGUUGCGAGCUGGAAAGCACGAUAUCAAGGAGGGAUCUAGCGUUUAUGAUCUCGAGAUUGCGCUUAAUUACGGACAAGCGACAGGCGCCGCUCAACUGCUUCGCUUUGUCACCGAACAUACCGAAAUCAUCCAUAAGCCGCCUUAUUCCGAUUGGCAAUGUACUUUGACCGCGGGCAGCACAUAUGCCUGGGAUACAGCUCUUCGCCUGCUGACCGAACGCGGAGACUUUAUUCUGAUGGAAGAAUACACGUUUGCCAGUGCCGCCGAGACCGCAUUCCCGCUUGGCCUCAAGGCGCUCGCCGUUCCUAUUGACGAACAGGGCCUCAUCCCCGAGGCCAUGGACGCCCUACUCACCAACUGGGAUGAACAGGCUCGGGGAGCCCGGAAGCCCUUUGUCCUGUACACGAUCCCAACGGGUCAAAACCCAACGGGGGCGACCCAAUCCGCGGAGCGUCGUCGGGCUGUGUACCUAGUUGCGCAAAAGCACGACGUGAUCAUUGUCGAAGAUGAGCCGUACUACUUCUUACAGAUGCAGCCAUAUGUGGGCCAAGGGGCCCCGUCGGUACCGCCGCCCGCCAACCAUGACGAAUUUAUCAAGUCGCUGGUCCCCUCCUUCCUGAGCCUCGAUGUGGAUGGUCGCGUGGUCCGCCUGGAAUCUUUCUCCAAGGUCGUCGCACCUGGCACACGUGUGGGUUGGAUUGUCGCCUCCGAACAGAUCGUCGAACGGUUUGUUCGAAACUUCGAAACAUCCUCCCAGAACCCCAGCGGAAUCUCUCAGAUGGUGCUCUACAAGCUCCUGGACGAGCACUGGGGCCAUUCGGGCUACCUGGACUGGCUCAUCAACCUGCGGAUGGAAUAUACCGAGCGCCGCGAUGCACUUCUCAAAUCCUGUGAAAAGCACUUGCCGCGAGAAAUUGCGCAUUGGGCGCCCCCUGCGGCAGGCAUGUUUCACUGGAUCGAGAUCGACUGGCGGAAGCACCCCGGGAUCGCCGCGGGGAAGACCCGUGAUGCCAUCGAGGAAGAUAUCUUCAUGUCGGCCGUGGACCACCAGGUCCUGCUGUCCCGUGGCAGCUGGUUCAAAGCAGACAGCUCGGUCGUCGAAGAAAAGAUGUUUUUCCGCGCGACCUAUGCCGCGGCCUCGUCAGAGAAGAUUGAUGAGGCGAUUUCGCGCUUCGCCGAGUGCCUUCGUGGAGAGUUUAAACUGUAG